GGUAUUCCAAACGAACUUUCUAUUUCUAGUAGAAUGAUUGUUCCAGUUUUAUUUUCGUUAUUUGCUGUCUGCAAUGCACAACAAAUUCUCAACUUGAAAGAUUUUGAUGUAAACACUGGCACUAAGAUUUCUCAAGUUGCUCCUUACGCCAUUUAUGUAUCUGCUUCUACGGACGAUACUACUCUUCUGAAACAAAUCAAUGUGAAAACAACCGAUAAUCAGGUCAAGAAUUUGUAUGACCUAUCCAGAAACCAUAUUAUGCAAAACACUGGACUUUUGCAACCAUUUGUUGUGAAUGUCACCACAGAAGCUUCGAUUUCAACAACAUUGAGCGCAGAGCAAAUGGGAAAACUCACUGGAUUCUUGUACAUUACCACUUCUAAACAACUGACAAACAACCAUUUUUUGGUAUACAAUGUUCAAGAAGCUGAACUGAUUAAGGUUCCAACAGACGACUACACAAUUGUAUUUUUGAACAGCAACUACAGCAUUCUAACAUCACAACCAUUUCAAUCAUCAAGCAUCAGUGCAUGGUCUCAAACUGAAGGCUCCUCUGUAAAGUUGUAUGAAGGAUGUCCAAGAGACGAUGCUGAAAAAGAAAAUUCUCAAUUUUUCUCGAAUCCUGCCGUUAUGAUCAAUGGAAAGCAAAUGUUCUUUCCUGUCGUUGAAAUUUUCUCUCUGAGUUUGGGAGCAUUUUAUUUCAAAUCAUCAAAAGGCGUUCAAUUUGUGAUUAGUAAUGAAUUUACUGAUGUGAACAAUCGUCCUACCACAUCUAAAAUUACAACAGGUCUUUAUAUGAAACCAAUCACUGUGAAUGACCGAAAAGUGAGCAUUUUCACAGGACACGACGAUAAGCUUAAUGGAACUAUUGGAGUCAAUGUUGUGGGAAGUGUUCCAGCAAAUGCAAAUUUUUCAGUCACAUAUCCAAUUAAAUGGGUUACUAUUCCGACAAAUAUUAUCCAAUCAUGGAGUAUACCUGAAAUUUCUGACAGAUUGGGUUUGGAUACAAUCAAUUCGGUAGCUGGAGAAGUUUUUGUACAGUAUUAUAUGAUUCAAGGAAAUCAGUCAAUCAAUCCAGUGACAACAACAAUGCUUCCAGGACGUCAAACUACAUCACGAGGAAUUGAAACAACAACAAAGUCAAAUGCAAUUGUUCAACUAUUCACGUCAUUUAUCAUUACAAUUCUUGGAGCUCGGUAUCUUUAAGUUGAUAUUUGUUUGUAAUUACGGACUUAUGGUGCUUCAUAUUUAAUUGCUCUUAUGUUUAAUAUUCAUAUGAAUGAAAAAAAUUUCUGGAUACUUACUUCGUCAAUAAUUGUAAUACUUUUUUUCAAUAAAUGAUUUCAUCAAGCU